AUGAUGCCAAGAUUGGUCUUUCUCCUUUUCUGUGGAUAUAUUGCACUAAACCUGGGAAAUGCUCAGAAAUUGCCAAGAGUGAAAAGGCAGAGUCUGAAAGUUCAAAUCAACGCAACAGAUGACACUGUUUGCAUGAGGUAUCUGCGACCCAGUCAAAACACCAAACUUGAAGGUUUUGUCCUGGGUUAUGGAAGCAGCUUCUUUUCUAAUCAGUACAUUCCUUUACCUUCAGAAGGAAAGACCUCUGUAACAGAGCUUGAUGCAGAACCACGGUAUUUGGUUUCAAUAAGACCGGCACGUGUCUCAAAUAAUAAGAAAUCUUGUUCAGGUCGGGCCAAGACUCAAAAGCCUCUGCAACUGGUAGUUGGCACUCUCACCCCAACCUCUGUGUUCCUCUCUUGGGGCAUCCUAGUAAACCCUAAACAUGACUGGACAGCAACAAGUAACUGUGCUAGUGACAGGUUCUAUACAGUUCGCUACAGAGAAAAAGGCAAAGACAAGAAAUGGGUGUUUCAGCUUUGCCCAGUUACAGAAACAGUGGUGGACAGUUUAAAGCCAAAUACACUUUAUGAAUUUGGAGUUAAAGAAAAUGUAGAGGAUAGUGUUUGGAGCAAGACUUUCAGUCAUAAGAUAGAUCUCUCUAAUAAAAAAGGCAAUGGACAGUUCCUGAACAUGUACAAGUUGGUACCUAGUUCCCAAACACAGCUUACACUGCGUGAUAAUAAGAAGUUGGUCCCAGUCACAAUAAUCAAACAAGUCAUACAAAAUCGGACACAGUCAAAAACUGCAGACAGUUCUUCCCUGCCAGGAGCAAUAUUAGUGCACCUUAUUGUUCCAGGUCUUAAUGAAACUCAGCAGAAACUUCCUCCCCUCCUGACAAUAGACGACAUACCUCAAGCAUCCAGGAAAAAACUGGCUAAGAACGAAACUCGAGUAUGGCCUGCUGAAUCCAAAACACCAGAAGUUCAAGAAAUCACACAGUCCUUCCCAGCUCAGGAUGAGAAAAAACAUGGACCUGAGGAAUUUAAAUCAACGCCUAAACCUGAAUUGGUGCAAACUCAAAGCAUACUGGCGACUAAUGAAAUACAGCCACUUCCUUCUGGAUCCAGAAUCCUUGACGCUCCAAAAAGUCCAUUGACAGAACUUGCUACUCAGAGUCCAACCUUGAAAUCCACAUCUCUACCUUCAUCAGAAACCAGAGAGAUGGAGAUGGAGGAAACACAGCUUCUUGAUUCAGGAUCUAAAACACCUGGUACCACAGAAGGGCAACCAAUCAGAUCUGCUUCAUAUGACUUUCUUCACGUUACUUCUACUCCCCAAACUUUUACAGCUUCAGAAAAAACAGACACUGCAGGAGAUACUACUGAGUUGGAAAUAUCCAGUCCCAUAAUUACUACAGAACCUCAGUUGUUAGAAACAGCAAUGGAUUUAGGUGAAAGGAAGCCACUUUCUUCAGGUCCCACAGCAUCUGGCAUGCCAGAAAUGCCACCAAUCUCAGCUGUGGAAACAUGGAAUCAGAUCUUGAAUUUUGAAUCCAGACUUGGUUCUCUUAACUCCCGCUUGGCAAGACAAUUUCCUGCAGAUUUGGUCACUGAGACACUGAGACCAUUUCCCUGUCUGACCGUAGCAACCCAGAGACUGCACCCGGAAUCCACCUCAUCUGCUUCAGUGGAAACCAGAAGGCGUGUGAAGGCUACCCGAAGACCAAGGCGGAAGUCCACCACUCCUUCCCCCCUGACAACCCAGCAAACCGUGAAGGCAUCACAAUAUUUUAUUCCUGUUACUUCAACUCCCCAAAUGUCUACAUCUGCAAUUAUACCAGAGAAAGAGACUGCUACCCGAAGACCAAGGCGGAAGUCCACCACUCCUUCCCCCCUGACAACCCAGCAAACCGUGAAGGCUUCAGUGGACUCUUACCGUGUUACUUACCCAUUCCAAACAUCUGCAUCUGCAGAAAUGCCAAAAACAGAGGCUGUUACGAGUUCAACUGACCUGGAAAAGUCUAUGCUUCCAUUUUCCAGAACACCCCAUGGGCUAACAACAACUAUGGCUUACAGUGGUAUUCAGCCUGUUCUUUCAAGCCCUGUGACACCUAGUAAAACUGAAACAGCAGAUACUGAACCAGCGACAAGUGAAUCCCCUCUGGAAACAUUCACACCUCAAACUUCUCAUCCUUUUCAAUGGCCAAGGGUAACAUUAGCUCCAAAAGAAAUACCACUUAUUCCUUCCAAACUGAAGCCAUCUGUUACCCCAGAAGUACAGCAUGCAAAACCUGCCCCUAAGCCACCACUUUUGGAGCCUAAAACUUCUCAGACUGUUGAACAGCCAAAUGCAACACUAGCUCCUAAAGAAGCCAAACCCACACCUUCUGCAUCUAAACCUAGACCAUCUACCAGACCCAAAAAGCCACGAAAAAAACCCGCAACCACUCCAGUGCCAGUCACUACUAGGAGUCUCUACACAUAUGAACAUCCAAAGUCUGCAGAGGUCUUGGAGCCUAUUACACUUAGAAUUGAACCACCAAGGUCAACGAUAGCUCCAAAGGAGACACAACGUGUUCCUUCUAAACCUAAACCUCCACCCAAACCUCAUAGCCCACAAGCCAAAGAUGUCCCGGACUCUAUGACACAUAGACGUGAUCAACUAAAACCAACGAUAGUUCCAAAAGAAACACAGCGUGUUCCUUCCAAACCUAGAAAACCCCCAAGCUCAGAGGGGCCACAAACCAAACCUGGUCUGGAACCAAUUACAUUUGGAACUGAGAAACCAAAGUCAACAGUAGCUCCUAAAGACACACAUCAUAGGCCUUCCAAACCUAAAACAUCACCCCGUCCACGUGUUCCUCCAACUAGAGCAACUCCAAAAGAAAGUCCACGAGUCUCUCCCAAGCCCAGAACAUCACCAAGUCCAGAUGUACCACACACAAAACCUGUUUUAGCACCUACUACAUUUACAGUUGAACGACCAAAGGCAGCAACAGCUCCUAAAGAACCACAACAUACUCCUUUUAAACCUAAGGCAGCUCACACCCCAGACGCUCCACACAGCAAAGCUGAAAUCAUUCCAACCUUCUAUGAACCACAUACUACUAUGAUUCCUCAUAUUCCUGAAAGAACAAAGGCAACAUUGGUUCCAACUGAAAAAGAGUUUGUUCAUACCAAGCAAAAAACAUCUGAAAAACCAAGAGUGCCACACACCAAACCCGCAAUACAUCAGACAACUCCACAACCAAUUAUUGCAAAAUCUUCUACUACCACUGAGCAUUCAAGGGCAACACUGGGUCCAAAAGAAACACUGCUCAUUCCUUCCAAACCCAAAACAUCUGUUGGGCCAGAAAUACUACAGACUAAAACUGCUCCAAGGGCAACACACCUGGGAUCAAUUAACCUUAUAACAGUUCAUGUUGUUGACGGGUCCAAAAUGACUUUGGCUCCUAAUGAAACGUACCACAUUUCACCCAAGCCCAAAACUGCUCUGGCAACUGAAAUUCCACGAUUCAGUUCAGCACCUCAUAAAACACGUCUCACUUCUGCAAGACCAAAGCCAUCUGAUAAAGCACAGACCAGACCUGCUCUUAGUGAAACCACAGUAGCACCAGCAAGAACAAAAGCACCUGGACUGCCAAAGUGGAUUGUGCCAGAUGAUGUGUAUACACCUGAAGAUAUCAUCAGGCAAAUUGGUGUGGAUGUGAAAAAGCCAUUGGAAUAUAUUGAUACCUGGGAAAAGCCAAUUUCUGUAACUACACCACCUGGCCCUCAGCAUCCACCUAUACCUGCUAUCAAACCUACACAAAUGCGAAGAAAACCUCUGCCUCCAAACACCGUGACUGGUAAACCAGGGAGUCCAGCUAAGCCAGCUGGACCAACACCACCUGUGAGGACAGGAACACCAUAUAAGAUGCCAACUGCUUUUGCAACUCCAGAGGAUUAUGUUGAUGCAACUGUCUUCAGCUCAAGUCCUACAUCAGAAACAGAUUCUUCAGGCAAACCAAGGUAUCAAGCCCCCCACGUCAAAUACAUGAAGAAAGAUGAUGAUGUGCCUUGCUCUAUCACAAGCUCUCUUGAACAUUUUCCCCAAGAAGAAGCUAGCAGCAAAGAAGAACCUACUCGUCCUCCACAAAAUCCCCCUACUAACCUCACAGUGGUGACUGUUGAGGGCUGUCCGACUUUCGUCAUAUUGGACUGGGAAAAACCAGAUAAUGACACUGUUACUGAGUAUGAGGUUGUGUCAACUGAAAAUGGAGCAACUGACGGUGAAAAGGAGAAAUCGAUUAUCACUACUAAUCAAACCCAUUCUACCGUGGAAAACCUAAAACCUGACACAAGUUAUGAAUUCCAUGUGAAACCUAAAAACCCUCUUGGUGAAGGCCCAAGCAGCAGUGUUGUGGCAUUCAGUACUGAAUCAGCGGACCCAAGAGUGAGCGAGCCAAUUUCAAUGGGAAAGGAUGCUAUCUGGACUGAAAUCAAAUUCAAUUCAGACACCUAUUCAGAAUGCAAAGGGAAACAAUACGUAAAGAGGACUUGGUAUAAGAAAUUUGUAGGAGUGCAGCUGUGUAAUUCUUUGAGAUAUAAGAUAUACCUCAGUGACUCACUUACAGGAAAAUUUUAUGACAUAGGAGACCAGAGAGGCCAUGGAGAAGAUCAUUGCCAAUUUGUAGACUCAUUCCUGGAUGGAAGGACAGGACAGCAAGAAGAUCUACCAGUCAAGGAUGGAUUUUUCAGAGCAGUUCGUCAGGAACCUGUCAAAUUCGGCAAAAUUGGUGGAGAGACUCGAAUCAACUACGUUCGCUGGUACGAGUGUGGAACAUCAAUACCUGGGAAAUGGUAGAUGGCACACAAACUUGGUGACCAAACAGCC